AUGCUCCCGGGGAAGCCCAUUGGGAGCCAGUUGGGACGAGACCCACGAUACAGCCGGGGAUCCACACCCUGCUCCCAUCACGCCCAUUGUCCCCUGGUGGAGACGAUCCGGCUGUGGCAAGAAGGGGUGUGUGGCAGCGGACAGGAAGGAGUGGAGUGCUGCCCUGACGCCUUCACAGCCGUCCAGAACCCCCCUGCUAAAAUCUGCUUUAACAUCGGCUGCAUCCACCUUGUCCUGGGGGAGCUGGCGGAGGCGGAGGAGGCAUUCACCCUGAGCAUCGGCUGUGACAAGCACCUGGCAGUGGCUUAGUUCCAUCGGGGGACCCGUGUUUACCAGAGGCAGAACAAUGAAAAGGCCAUUGGAUUCAAAGAGGCGCUGGCCCAGCUGCGAGGCAACCAGCUCAUUGACUACAAGAUCCUGGGGCUACGCUACAGGCUCUUUGCUUGUGAGAUUCUCUGCAACAUCGCGCUGGUGUUCGCCACGGUGGAGAACUGGGGGAAGGCUGAAGAGCACCUGACUCUGGCCAUGAGCAUGAAGACUGAGCCCCAGCACAACAAGAUUGACAGGGCAAUGGAAGCCAUCCUGAAGCAGCAGCUCUGUGAGCUGGUGGCCAUUCCUGUGGGGAAGCUGUUCAGGCCAAAUGAAAAGCAAGUGGCUCAGCUGGAGAAGAAGGACUAUCUGGGGAAGGCAAUGGUGGUGGCAUCUGUGGUGGACAAGGACGAUUUCUCAGGAUUUGCUCCCCUCCAGCCACAAACCUCUGGUCCUCCACCCAGGCCCAAGACCCCAGAAAUCCUCAGGGCCCUCCAAGGGCAGCCACACCGUGUCAUGUAUGAGUUCAUCCCUGAGACCGCUGAGGAGCUGCAGGUCCUGCCAGGAAACAUUGUCUUUGUCCUGAAGAAAGAGAAGGACAACUGGGCUACAGUGAUGUUCAAUGGAAAGAAAGGGAUUGUCCCCUGCAACUUCCUUGAGCCUGUGGAGCUCCAGAACAAGCUGUAUAUCCAGGAAGAAACCUUUGUGGAGGACGAGAUGCCCGAGUCACCCACCUCCACAGUGCCAGAGAAGCCACGGCGGCCGGUGCCAGACCACAUUCCUGAUACUGUGAUGCAGCCAAGAGACACAGCAAAGGAGGCCGAACCACCCACCUCCAGCCCCUGCGUCCUCAAGGUGCAUUACAAGUACACGGUUGCCCUGAGGGCCGAGCCAGGCCUCUCCUACACAGAGCUCCUGGACCUGGUUUGCAAGAAGCUGGAGCUGCAGCCCAAGCACACGGAGCUGAGGUACAAGCCUGCGGAGAGCAAAGAGCUGGUGACUCUGACUGCAAAGAACCUGGAUGCAGCUUGGAGCCAGAGCAAGGGCAACUGCCUCACAGUCUGGUGUGACCUCACGGAGGGAGAGGGGUUUUUACCAGACGGCAAACCAGAGGAGUCUCCGCAGGAGGCAACGUCGGAGGAGAUGGGACCAACCCAAGUUGUAGCACAGUACAACUAUGAAGCCACCCAACCUGAAGACCUGGAGUUUCAGGCAGGAGAUGUGAUCCUGGUUUUAUCCAAAGUGAAUGAAGACUGGUUAGAAGGCCAGUGCAACGGGAAGACUGGCAUCUUCCCAUCCGCAUUCGUUCAGCAGCCUAACACUGAAGAACCAGAGAAGUGACUUCAGAAGAGCUUAAAGUCGUGGAAAAAAAUUCAACUGUUGCCAUUAAGAAGUUUCCAUAUUAAUCCCUGCAUCUGAAAAUGAACUUCAUAAUGAAGUUAUAUUAUUGCUAUUUGUACUAAAAGCUUUAUAUUUUCUUUUA